AUGACCGGGCGGCCACCCUGUCCUGACGCAGCGGUGCAUGCCGGGAGAUGUAGUCUCCUGCACUUGGGCGCGGUUGCGGGGCAACAGGCGGCUCGGGGCCUGAGGUCCGGCGGGGAGCGCGGCUGCGGAGACGGGCGCCGGGAAAGGAUGGCAUCAGCCCGGGCUGUGGGUCGCGGGCGACCCCGGGACUUGGGACUCGGCCUGGAGGAGCCGCCGCUGGACCUGCUCAGACACUUGAAUCUCGGCCCCACCGCACCCUGCCAGAGCCGCUUCGUGGGCCGCGGCCCCACAGGGAAUUCUAUGCCCACCCGGCAGGGGACCCGGCCCCCCGCCUCCACGGUGCGAGCUCAGGCUGCGCUCUCCAGGCUAGCGCGCCUCGAAGACCGGCUGCGGGGCCGGCGGCCGGCCCGCUCGAGCUCAGCCACCCCUACGUCCUCCGCUAGCCAGCCGAGCAGUGAUGCCCAUAGCAGGGCCCCGAACCCACCGGACCCAGCACAGGGUGCACCGGGAGACCAGCCCCGGAGCAGGUUUCUCAAGAAACGGGGUCCUUCCGCCGAGACCACCCGCCCCGCAGUCCUGCAGGGGACCACAAGGCCCAGUGCAGCACCCCCAGCUCCCUGUGGUCCCCCAGACAGCGAUGAGGAGGAGAUGGCCUAUCUGCUAGGGAGCCUGGCAGAAUCUUCCGAAGGAAAGGGACCAGCAGGGAAGCCAGGCUUGGGCCCGAACCCAGCAGAGCCCCGAGCACGUCCUUGGCGAGCCAAGCAGCCCUCCAGCCCCAUGGCGCCUGCCUCCCUGCCCAGCCUGACCUCAGGGGCCUGCACCCCCCCACAUGAUGCUUCUGAGGGCACACCACUCUCCAAUCUCAUCACCUCCUCCCGUGCGGCAUCUCCACAGCUCCCCAGCGAGGCUGGGCCCUCGGACUCCGAUUCUGAGGACAGCCACGACUUCCGGGUCCACAUCCUGUCCCUGAGUGACCUGCACCCCAGCAGCCCACAGGAAAAGGGUCCAGCUGGCUCGGAGGCUGGAAAUGCCCCGGUGGACAGCCAAGUGUCAGAGCAGCUGAGUCCGGGCUCAGCGGGCUCCAGCACUCCUACAGCAAACUCCAGCUGGGCUUACUCAGAAGACUUCCACAGCAGCUCCGAGGCACCCCCCAAGAGCCACAAGGGGACCCCCAGCUUGGAGCGCGUGGGACCCUCGGCCGCCCACCUGCAGCAGCGCGUGGUGCUGAAGGAGACGGCGGUGCAGACCCCGGAGUCCGCCUUCGCCUACCAGUGGCUCCAGCCGGGCGGCUUGGCGGCCCUGGGCCCAUCUCUGGGGGGCGUCUACCUGGACCCCACGCCCAUCGCCAGCCACGUGGUCAGCCCGGAGGCCAUUGAAGCCCUGACUGCCUACAGCCCGGCCACCGUGGCCCUCCAUGACCUGCUGAGACAGCAGCUGAGCCUCACCCGGAGUUUCGCCGACGCCAGCCGGGAGCUGCACGGGGCCCUCCUGAGGGCUCUGGGCCCACCCACCUUCCGCUACCACACGCUGGAGGAGGCUCGCCAGUACAUCCGGCACCAUAGGCCAGCCCGGCUCACCAUGGAGGCCGCCCUGGAGGAGGUGAAGCAGGAGCUGGAAGCCCCGGGCGCCUGGGUCUGACGACGCCACCUCCCUUCCCCUGGCCCCCACACCAACAGGCGACUCGUUACAAAAGUCUUUUAUUCGAAGGCAAAAACAGUAAAACUCACAAAUGGUUAA